AUGUCGCGUAUAAGUCCACCUCCCACCGCAUUCUCGCAGCAAAGAUUCGUCACCAUCAAUCAAAUCAACAAAGGACAGGAGUUCAUCACCAAGAAGAAGAGAGGCUCUAAAGCCCCAGAUCUCCAGGGAAACCCAAUCAAGAAGGGCGUCAUUUUAAGAGUCAUGAUUCUAAAGCCAAAGAAACCAAACUCUGCCCAGAGAAAGGCCGCGAGAGUCAGACUCACCAAUGGAAGAGUCGUGUCGGCAUAUAUCCCAGGUAUCGGACACAAUGCUCAGGAACACUCGGUCGUUUUUGUGCGAGGCGGCAGAGUGCAGGAUUUGCCUGGUGUCAAAUACCAUCUGAUCCGUGGAGCCAUGGAUUUGGCUGGUGUUGCCAAUAGAAAGACGGCCAGAUCCAAGUACGGAGUGAAAAAGCCGUCAAAAGAAUGA